AUGUCAGCAGAUACAUACUUACCGGAGGAGUGCUGGGAAUAUAUCUUCACAUUACUGAAUCAGCCGCAGCAGCAGUACUUGGAGCCUGUCUCCCUCGUCUCCAAGCAAUUCCUCUCCAUCACUAACCGCCUCCAAUUCUCCCUCGCCAUCCACGACCACCCACUCCCCUUACUUCCCCACCUCUUCCACCGGUUCCCCAAUCUCACCUCCCUCGACCUCACGCGCUUCCACGGUGAGCUCGACGCGCUUCUCCUCCAAAUCUCCCGCCACCCCUUGCGCCUCCUCACAUCGCUCAAACUCUCCCACAAUCAAACCACGUUCCCAGCACACGUCGUUAGAGCCGAAAGUAGCAACCUCCGCCAGUUCCUCUGCAUAGUUGUUGCUGCUGAGGCGGCUGAGGAGGAAGCAUUGAGAAUAAUGAUUGCUGUGAUGAUUUUUCUGAAAUAA